AUGUGGAACGGCAAAUUUCCGUUCGAUGAGGAAAUCGAGGAAAACGGACCUUGUACGUUGUCCACAUCCCUGCUGUCGUACGUGGAGCAGAGGAGUGGCCCCCCUCUUAAGGGCCUGCGCAUCGGAGGCGUGUUUUGUUCACGCCGCUCCACGAAGGGACUCGUGUUCCGGGCGGAGUCUCCACCCCAGAAGGUGAACUGGGUCAAGGUGGAGGAUGACGUGCCCACCCAUGCCGUCAUCACGGGAACAGACCUGUUCAUCGAAAACCUCAACAAGUCCUACAACGGCACCUACCGCUGUGUUGCCUCCAACUCUGUGGGCGAGUCCUACGACGACUACAUCCUCUAUGUCUACGACGCCCUCACCACCACCCCUUUACCCACCACCACCACCACCCCCUCCACCACCACCUACCUCCCCGAAGCCACUGAAGACGCUGUGCCCAGCUCUGAACCUGCGGCUCACGACUCCAGAGCCGGGGAGGGAGUGCCUAGAACGGUCGACCAUGCGGUCAUCGGAGGCGUGGUCGCUGUGGUCGUGUUCGCCAUGCUGUGUCUACUCAUCAUCCUGGGGCGGUACUUCGCCAGACACAAAGGUACCUACUUCACGCACGAGGCCAAGGGUGCGGACGACGCUGCUGACGCAGACACGGCCAUCAUCAACGCCGAGGGAGGCCACAACAACUCUGACGAGAAGAAGGAGUACUACAUCUGAACAUCCACAAGGGGGGCCGGGGGGGGGGGGGGGCUGGGGGGUAAGACAGGUGAGGGAGGGUUUUGGUUUUCAGUCAAGGGAGGGUUGGGGGGAGGGGCAUGGAUGGAGGGGGGGUGGGGGAGGGGCAGGGUUAGGUAGAGGGGGGAGGAGGGAGGGGGUAAGGUUGGGUGUUGCCAGAUGUUGCCAGAAAUCACUGUAGAGAGCUUCACCAUUUGACACCUCCCAAAACUGCUGGUACGAAUUUUAUUUAGUUCAACCGUUUGCAGAAAAUUCUGUGCCUUGUUCUGAAUUUAUUUUCUAUUCAUUCCUCCUUAUUUGUAUUAUUUUUAUUUUUCAUCAUGCCCUGUUGCUCCAUCCUCCCCUCCCCUCCCCUCCCCUCCCCUCCCCUCCCCUCCCUCCCUCCCUCCCCUUGUCUGCACUCUCUUCAUUAUCAGUGUGCUGUUGGCUUUCCUAUGAGGGGAGAUGGACACAGGCCCUGUGUUCAUGCCUCCCUCAGUGUCUGCACACUCGUUAUGUCGUGCAUACCAAAAGCUUGCUAGAACCCCAUCUCCUCUAUACUGUGAGCCGGCCUGGUCUCAGGCAGAGCCCCCCCCUCUCUCACUCCUUUUAUAACCGCAGAACACACUUCUAAUGCUUUACGUAUCAUAUUUAACGUAUAUCACAUAAGACGUGUACAUUUGAAAAAAGAUAUGAAGCCAUUAAUCAUGUUCCCCCCUCAAAAAGAAACAUGGUUGGAAAGGAUAUGACAAUUGGUCUCGAAAAUUGUCCUUGUUUUCAUUUCAUCGGGCAGAUUCAGCAUUGCUGUGGAUGGGUGGUGUUCUUUUCCCUGUGUCUUCAAUUUGUUUUUCAAGUAGAUAUGCCAGCGCAUUUGAAACAUUGCUUCUCUUAUAAAUAAGUAAAUUAGACAGCACAUAAUUUCACCCACACUGUGCUGGACUCAGAGGCAUUUUCGAUUCAUUAUUUUCACCUUUUCUUUCGUUGAAUGUUGUUUUUAUUCGGUUGUGCUGAAUGGGAUAACUGUUCUCCCUCUUAGGCAUUUAUUAUCUUGUGAUGAUGACAUUAUUUGUGUUUAUUUCCCCUCUCAUUCAGAAGUAUUUUUACAAACAUGAAAAUUGCAUCAAAAAAAGAGAAAUGGUUUCAAGAGCUGGGUAUGGUGGCGUGUGCUAACCUUUCGUCAUUCAUUCAAAUUGCCUCGGUAAACCAAGUUGUAAACAUCUUUUGAAAUCCUACAAACAGUUAUCAACCCCCUACAACUUCCCGACGCUUGAGUGACAAAGCAGCCUGACUAAGACAUUUGAAAUGAUACUACCUUUAAACACUAGGUUGUCAUGCUAUGCCACUAUCACUGGACAUUUCGGGGUUAAAACAAAAAGCAUACAUUGUCAUAUAAAUGUGAUAUUACACUUUUUAAGCUAAACACCCUGCAUCAAAUAAGGACCAAUGUAUCGCUUCCAUGGCAUUGACAAAAUUAUUUGAUAUGUUAUGAUUUUAAAACACAAGUUCUCAAACAAAUUCGGUUGCAUCUUUAACAACAUACAUGUUACCUUGAGUUGACAUUAACUAUUAUACAUUGCAUAGUGUCAACAUUAUGGUUAUACUGAGUAUGUAAAAAACAUGGUACCAUGGUUUAGCAACAUAUUGCACUAACACCUUUUGUGAUUGAAUUAUUUCACUAGUUGAUUAAUUAUUAAGUACUUGAUUUUAAGUAUCGAGCUCCUAUUCAAAUCUAUUGUAACCGUAUCCCUUUUACAACUAAUGUUACCAAGAGUUUCAGUUUCCCACAUAUCAAAAGGAUAACCAACAUAUACUCUUAAAGAACACAGAUCACCAAACAAAAAAACAUAACAGAGAAAAUGAAAUCAAAUUAACACUAUCAAUAAACCAACUAACCUAUCAAACAGCCAUGGUUUUGUGUAAUGGCUUUACCUGUAAUCCUGGGCUCAUGUAGGAUAAUAAUAGCCAAAUAAAUAUUAUUGUGCAUGUAUUGAAGUGAAGUAGGUCAAAACUGUCUUACAGCUGACAACGUUAGUUUGUUGUUUAGCAAAAUGCAAACAUAUAACAGUCCUCUUUAGCCUCUAAGAACCAAGUACAUCUGAUGAUCUCCAUUUCUGCUCCUUGAUCACAGUCCUCGCUUCUGUUAUUUAUUGACUGAUUUACUUUCCACUGGACAGGUCAGCUAAACCAGAAUUUAAGGUCCACUACACAGGUGCUUACAGUAGUUAACAAUGUCAAAUUGAGGUACUGUAAUGUCCAACACGUGUUACACAAAAAAAUAAUAAUAAAAACACGCCAGGAAAAUAUUUUUUUUUACAACUUUGUGAAGUGUAUUGGUGGAUUCUCUUGUGAUCAUUUUUUUCUUCCAAUUUCACCCGUUCGUUGUUCGUACUCUAUAUGAUUACUACAGUCUGAGUUCGACAGAUUGAGAACUGGCUUACAUGUGUGUUCAUAACAUGGUUCUGGAACAUGAUAUUAAGUUGUAUAACAUAGCAUAAUGAUUCCGGAAUGUAAUAUUAUUCUGAGCGACAGGGCCACACAUCUUUCCUCUCCCCCCCCCCCCCCCCCCCCCCCUUAUGCAGCAGUUUUCAGUUGCCGAAACCGCAAAUGGCUCACUGCAUGCACAUGAGUGAGAAUUUAAACCCCUUGUUUGGAUUCAUCACUUUUCUUUCUCUACAAAGGAUCUGCUUGAGUUUAUAAAGACAUUUGAAGGCCGCUAGAUGUGAACUGAGGGAAUGUUUCAGUAAGAUCUUUAGGUGUUUUCUUGAACCUUUAUAUGGUGCUGUGCCACACAGCAUCGUUAAUGUUGCAGUUACAUGCUUUAUCGGACCUGCUGACUGUGUCAACAUGACAAAGAGGAUGUAGGACGGACAUUUCUUUCAUGUUUGACUUGGUUUUUGUUCAAAAUGUGCUCUUUAGGUAUAUGUGUAAAGGAACUACCACUGACUUAACACUGUAUGACUCUGAUGUUUGUUUCUGUCUGUAGGUGAGGGGGAAGGUUUAGAGAAUUCAUUUGACAAUACUUGCGUCUCCUGAAAAACAACUUUGACAAGGAUGACAGCUAUGGUCUGAGAGAUUGUGAUUGUGUGUUAUAUGUAACAGUGCACAUUUUUUAUUUAGGGUCAAAUAUGUGAUAGCUUGCAUUUUAACCAGACUUCAAAGUUCUUGCCAUGAAAUUGACAGAACAUUGUUUACUGGUAACAUUGUUUUGAGUGGUUUAAGACAGGGUUUAUCAGUUUUGAUAUGAUUUUAAAAGGUCAACCAAAUGAAUGGGUCACUGCAAACGUUAUUGGCAUGGAUAAUAUUAAGCAUUGGACAGGUACAACUUUAUAUGAAACUAAAUAUGGUUCUUGCAUCUAAUGCCGGUAACAUGAAGAGUAAAAUUUAAUGAAUUGAUUCAUAGGUACAAAUAUUUGUAAUUUUGACAGUGUUUAAGUAGUGUGGAAUAAGUUGGCUUUGAGUUUUGUUUUCUUCUAGUUAUGUGUCAAGAUAUUCUUUCUCCCCCAGUCUCAAGGUACAGAGUUAGGUAGCCUGGCAGUGUUACUGUUUAGCUAUUUGUUUUAGUUUUUUUAUUUUAUUCACAUUUGACAUUCCUUUGUUAAUGCCCCAUCUCAGGUUCAUGCAUUGCUGAAUGGUGUGAUUGCAUCUCAGGUAGAAUGCAAAGUUAAGGCCCCACAUAUUGACAUCAAAACAAGUAGAACAAUUAUUUAGACCCAUGCGACAACUGUUGAUUUUUGCAUCUGAGCUGUACAUGUCUUAUGUAUUUUUCUUAAUAUUUGGUGCACUGUAAAAGAUGUGUUAAGUAUUACUUUGUAUAGAUAUAGUUCACGAGGAAUGAGUACUUCGUUGGAACAAACCAACGUGCCGACUCUUAGUUUCAACACUACACCAUUCAAAGUUUCGUUUUCUCCCAGUAAGUUUAAUCGUUUAUCACUCAUUGUUUUUUAGGUUUAUUAUUUUUUGUCUUUCUGCUGUACUUGGGCAAUGUUAAUGUGUAUUACUGAAGAAAAAAUAUCUACAUUCCCAUACACAUUUUGUAUUGGUUCAUAAAUAGACAUUUUUACAAAAAAUGAAGAGUUCUUGUCUUAAUAAAAAAGAAAAGAUAUUAAUGUUCA